CAGGGGGAGGAGGAGGAGGAGGAAGCGCGGUGGGGCAGCGGGCAGGAUGGUGGGGGACAGCGAGGGGCAGGCGCCGCGGGCCGGCGCGGAGCUGAAGCGCAGGAGGAAGAGCCCCCGGUUGUUGGCGGCCCCGACGGAGGAGGAGGAGGAGGAGGCCGAGGCUGAGGCGGAGGAGCCCGGCCCCGGGGAUGAGCUGGAUGGAGACCAGCGUCGCUUGGUGAGUCCCGGCUCCCUGACUCGGCCCCCUAUCAAGGCCUGCAGGUCGCCAGAAAAUUCUUCAAUUUACUUUAAAGAGAAUCCAAUAAAGGAAAAAGCAAAGGCUUACGACAGUAACGAACCCGAGAAGCCAGCAGGGCAUCGACCAUACAUUUAUACACCAUUAAGAGAGAGGAAGGCUGACUUCCUUGAGAAAAAUCAGGAGCACCACUCAUCUGCAUCACAGAGCAGAAAUAAAUUUCGAGAUCAGCCUGGUAUUGGGAAGCAGUCACAGCCUUUGGCCAAAAAUAAUGAUGAACUGCAGAAUGGAUUUAACAAGAGGUGGACUUGGUUCCUGGUUGUGUUAAUUGGUGUCCUGUUGGUUUAUGUCCUGUGGAGUGGAAUGUUAAGUCUUCCAGGCACAAGUUUGUCAAGUAGAGAUAUCGAAAUUCUGCAAGCGUUCCGGGCCCAGAUGAAUAAACUGAAAAACACUUACCAAAGUCAGGAUCCCAACCUGUGGAGAAGAACCCAUGUGCUCCUUGAGAAACAUCUGAAUGCCUCCCGCCUGCGUUUGGAGCCGGCCAUCUUGCUGCUCACGGCUGGCCGGGAGGCUGAGAAGGCUCUGAGCUGCCUGAGUAACGAGAUUGCCGACGCUUUCGCCUUCUCCCAGAACGCUACGACCAUCAAAAUCAACGGGGCAGACAAAGCCAUAUUGGAUAGUGACAUUGUCAAGCUGGAGGUGGAUGAAGAGCUCAGCUCUGGGUUCAGAGAGGGCAAGAAGGUGGCGGUGGUGCAUCGGUUUGAGUUACUGCCUGCAGGCUCCACCUUAAUCUUUUACAAGUACUGUGACCACGAAAACGCAGCAUUUAAGGAUGUGGCCCUUCUGCUGACCGUGUUGCUGGAUGAUCAGUCACUGAGAAAGAGCCUCACCUUGCAAGAAAUUGAGGAGAAAGUCCGGGAUUUCCUCUGGGAGAAGUUUACCAGCUCAAAUGUUCCUAGUUCUUACAAUAGCAUGGACACAGAUAAGCUGAGUGGACUGUGGAGCCGUAUCUCUCAUCUUGUGUUGCCUGUUUGGCCUGAAAAGGGCCUCCCUAUUGGGGGAUGCACAUAAAAGUUGUUGGAGAGAACAUGGGAAAGGAGGAGGACAGAAAAUGCAUAUUGCAAUGGCUGAACAGGGAAGAAUUUAGUGCUGAGCAGCAUACAGUCCUUUCUGCACAGAGAAAUUCAACCAGCUGGUAGGGUUGUUUCUGCUAAAGUAGCUGGGACUUCUCUAAAUUAACUGCAGAAUGUAAAGAAGGAACUUGCUGGUUGUUGGUAAGUUGUGUUCAGUGACUCAUUCAGGCUUGAUGUCCUGGAGCUGGAAGUAAGUAUCCACCAGUCAUCAGCUGCUAAAGCUGCCUUGGUGCACUAUUGGCCUUGUUAUAAGGAUUCUUUUCUAGUUGUGCCUAAAGCUGGUGUCAUGUUUGACAAGCUAUUAGGAUGCAAAACCAUCACCUUCAUCUGCCAGAACUGCUUCCUUUUCUUCUAAUGUAAGAAAAAACCAAAAACAUAAUAAAAAACAUAAACUGAAAAUGAUAAAGUAAUAAUAGCCUUAGCACAAGCUUUUUAUUGAUCCAUCUGAUGACAAUAUAGAUGUCAAAUGUCUCUGGCAACUUCUAGAAAUGGCAAAAUUGCUUGAAAGAUUUGUCACUUGUAGAGCACCUUUCAGCAAGCAUUUCUUCUUCAAAUGAGCCUGCCACAAUCAGUUCUGGAGAGUGAGAAGAGCUGAGGUACAAAUAAUUGCCUAACGUUAGUAGCACUGAUGUCAGUUAAAUAAUCCCUUGGCACCUCUUUGCUUCACUGCUUCCAGGAAUUCUCUGCUCUUUGUCAAAGUUCUGCAAGUCUUAAAAUUUGGGGAGUAAUGGUAACGUGUCAGCCAUGUAUGUACUAAAACCUGUUCCAUUUCCUUUCCAAACGAAAGUUUAGGAAAACAUAGGUAAUUUGUUAUUUUAGUAAGAUGAUUAUUUUUGCAUCAAGAGAGUUUAUUUAUUUGUGGUACUUGGUAUCCCAAACAAUAACUUUUCUUCAUGUGUCUGCAUAUAACCUGCUGCUUACUCUGCAAGCUUCUAGCAAAGAACAGAUUUGCAAUGCAUGUUUUUAAAAUACAUUUUUAAGAGCGCCUCAUGCCGAAAAUCCCUCACACCAAUCUAAAAACAUUUACUUGUUUCUGUUGUAUUUUGUGUAAAAAAUAAAUUAAAAAAAAAAAAGAGAAUUGCAGCACUUCCAUUUCAUUGCUGUUAGUGCAGCUUGUGAACUAUUGGUCCAUGUGCAUUUGGUUUUAUUCAGUAUGAAGGAAUGUGUGAAGACUGCUCUCUGAUUCAUGGGAUGUUUUCUUAUAACAGCUGAGAGAUUAGGAGCUCUUGGACCCAUCCUUUAUUCACAGGCCUGUUGUCCUGUAGCAAAAAGUCCUUAACCAGACAAACUUCCUGAGGUGCAGGAGUUUCUGGCUUCUUUGUGCAAGCAAAGGUGUAGGGUCUUACGUUGGAAUGGACCAAAAUUACUAAGCAUAUAAAAUAAGAGUUUGAGAGAUGUGGUUGCUUAAACCAGAGGUGGAUUUGUUCUGACCACUGAGAGCCAGCAAUGGGCAGGGCUUUUUAUUUUAAUGGGAAGAAAUAUAAGCAGUAAAAAGACAUGGAAGUGCUGCAGUUCUGGAUGUUUAAGAAUAGCUCAGGAAGGAAAAGAUGGCAUUUACAUUUUGGACAUUUCACUGGACAAAUGUUUUUAAUAAAACAACUGUGACUUAUUUCUGAGUGUUUCCUGAUAGCCUGUCUGUUUGUAUAUUAUGUAAACUAUUUUAGUAAUCAUUAAAAAUAAAUACACUUGUUUGUUUUAUAA